GCUGCAACAACAGCAGCAUCAGCGGCAGCAGCAAGAGCAGCAAUUGCAGCAGCAAGAGCAUCAGCUGCAACAACAAGAGCAUCAGCUGCAACAACAAGAGCAUCAGCGCCAGCAGCAAGAGCAGCAGCUGCAACAACAGCAGCAUCAGCUGCAACAACAGGAGCAUCAGCUGCAACAACAGGAGCAUCAGCGCCAGCAGCAAGAGCAGCAAUUGCAGCAGCAAGAGCAGCAGCUGCAACAACAAGAACAUCAGCUGCAACAGCAAGAGCAUCAGCGGCAGCAGCAAGAGCAGCAAUUGCAGCAGCAAGAGCAGCAAUUGCAGCAGCAAGAGCAGCAGCUGCAGCAAGACGCGCAGCAGCUGCAGCAAGACGCGCAGCAGCUGCAACAGCAGGAGCAUCAGCGGCAGCAGCAGGAGCAUCAGCUGCAACAACAGGAGCAUCAGCGGCAGCAGCAAGAGCAGCAAUUGCAGCAGCAGCAGCAGCAACUGCAGCAGCAGGAGCAGCAACUGCAGCAGCAGGAGCAGCAACGGAAACAGCAAGAGCAGCAAUUGCAGCAGCAAGAGCAGCAAUUGCAGCAGCAGGAGCAGCAACGAAAACAGCAAGAGCAGCAAUUGCAGCAGCAGGAACGCGUGCAGGGGCGGAUAUACAGCAGAUGCAGCAGUUGCGGCAGCAGUUGCAGCAGCAGCUGCAGCACCAAGCGGAGGAGCAGCAGCAGCAGCAACAAGAACAGCAGCAGCAGCAGCAGCAGCAGCAGCAGCGGCUCCAGCACCUGCAACAGCAGCUCGACAGGCAGAGGCAGCUAGCAACCUCGAGGCAUGAAGAGUGCUGUACGCUGCAGCAGCAGCUUCACCAGCAGAAAACAGCAGCAACUAAGGAACUGCAAAAGCAGAAGGCAGAGGCAGAGGCGGAGCAGCGUCAUGCGCAGCAACUACAGCAGCAGCAGCAGCAGACAUUGGAGGAACUGCAACACCAAUGCGCGCAGCUGCAGCAGCAGCAGCAGGAGCAGCAGCAGGAGCAUGCGAGUAAGCAGCAAGAACUGCGGCAAAGCCUGCAGCAGCAACAGCAGCACGUCAGUGAGCUCGCUAGGCAAGCCGAAGAGGCUGCUGCAUCAGCUGCAACGCAGACAGCUGAACUACAGCGAUGCAGAGACACAGCAGCAGGAGCUGCAACAGACCAAACAGCUCACGCAGCAGCUGGAGAGGGAUGCAAGGGCAGCCAGUGCUCGUUGUGA